AUUCAUCAAAAAAACUCUCGCGACCUCACCCCCACCCCUCUGUGGACCUCCUCUCCCCACGAUAUCCACCCCGCCGCCACCACCCACGCCCGCCAGUUCCUCGCCGGCCACGCCCUCCGCCGCGCCCUCCCCUCUCCAGCUUCCUGGCGCGCGAUCCUCCCCGCGGCCUCCAGCCGCCUCCUCUCCGUCACCGCGUCCACCCAGCAGAACACCGCCGACACCGCCAUCGACCUCUCCAACGACGAGAGCCGCCGCCGCCUCGUCAACAGUCUGAUGUACAGGAGCAAGCAGAGGGGCUUCCUGGAGCUGGACCUGGUGCUCGGGACCUGGGCGGAGCAGCACGUCCGCUCCAUGGACGAGGCCAACGUCCGCUCCCUGCUCCAGAUCCUUGACCUCGAGAGCUAUCCUGCCCUGCCCCUGCCCCUCCCCCUCCCCCUUUUAUUGACUGAUCUAGCUACUCAUCUGAUUGUUUUUCUGUCUUACUAUGGUAUCUAUAACAUACUUCAGACUAAAAAAUUCAGCUAGUAGGGAUACUCUUGGUUUCUUUGUCCUGGAUUUAUCACUUCAGCCUAUGUGUGUCACGCUUGACCCAGUCAAAUUGGUCCCGAACCACCCCCCACCAGUUUAUCUGUAAUGUACUGGAAAAUUUGUUAAUGGGAAUGUUCAGUGUUAUGUGGUGUAUGCUGCAAGUAUCGGAUUUAGUUUGAUGUCCAUCAGUCGCUUCGCAAGAAUUGACUAGACAAACACCUAUAUUACAUCUCAUGUUCAGGGUUUAGUGUCAGAGAUCUUGCCUGUGUUCCAGCCAAUCAUUCUCGAAAGCACAUGGGUAUUAACAAUGUUGUUCCUCUAUAGUGCUAGCUAUCUGAUUUUGCUGUAAAUCAUUGCAUAACCUAGUUGUGUUAGAUUUGUCCAUCCCUUAUGAUAACAGUAUGUAGAAUCACCAGCUGAACGUGAAGGCCUCUGCAACGUGCUGCUGUUUUUUCUUGGAUUUCUUGGAGUCUCUGGAGUGCGUUCUUGAGCUUUUUGGCCUUUCGGGAACUGCUGGACACUACAACGCCACGGCCACAACAGAGCGAGCUGCACGAAUCGAUUCACCACAGUGAGGCAUAGACCAAAACCUAGCUUGCUUCACCGAUUCGCGGCGGCGGGGACGGUGACCGGCGUGGGGCCGUGGGCGCAUGUCGACCGGCGCUGCUGCUGCGCCGCUGGUGGGUGGCCAGUCGGCGGUCAUCCUCACAUCCUGUUGGAGGCUUGGAGCUCUCGCCUCUGACUCGAGGUCUGAGCCUCUCGGCCUCUCGCCUCUUUAUGUUGAUAACCGGAGUAGUCCUAGUGUAAAUUGAGCUAGCUCUAGUGUUAAUGCGUAUGUAUAUUACUGGUUGCUCUUGCUGCGCUGUCAGGUGAAAGCAGUUCUCCUGUAAUCCCGAGUUUCAGUCAUAUGGUUCUGAACUUCUGAUAUUAGCAUAUACGCUUUCUUCUGAACUGGGUGGAUGUUGGUUGGCAUAUAGUAUGCGUAGUUCUUAUCUUCCUUUUUAAAUUCCUUUGAAGUGGUGCUCUGUACUGACUAAUGAUGAUACUAGUUAUUUGCUACUGCUCCUAAUGCUCUAGUAGAAGAGGCUGCUGAAGGGCACACUCAAGAACAGGGGACUGCUCCAGAACAAGAAGCAUGUGCAAGUCUGGUGUAGACAAACAAGACAUCUGGACGAGAAGAAAAAGAAGUGCAAGGCUGGUAAGGUCGAGACUCAUCUUGAAUUCCCUGGACGUGAAAAGGUUAAAUUUGGUGAAGUUGUCGAAGCUCCACCAAAGUUAUCAUUCCCAAAGAGGUGAUCGACGCUGACAAGCGCGGCCCGGUGGCGCUGUGCUCUUCAACCACUCAGAGGCGGACUUCGCCGUGAAGCCCGGUGGCCACGUCGCACAGAUGAUCGUCCAGGUGAUUUCGACGCCGGAGGUCACCGAUGUGGAGGACCUUGACGCCACAGUCCGCGAGAGGGAGGAUUCGUGUCCACCGGCGUCUGAACUCCUAGCCUUGUAGAUACAUCUAGAGAGGUGGUCUGUUUAGGUUGGUGGUAGACCACUAGGGAAGGUACCCACCUUACGAUGAUGGUUGCGUGUGUCUGAUGUUAAAUGGAAUCUUGAGAUGGUUCUGUGA